CCCGAGUGGUGUAGCCUGGCCUUUCUCAGGGGGAAGGCACGGGGUUCAAGCCUCGGCUGGGGAUAUUGGCUCUCCUGACCGCAGAUAUGGCUUGGCCGGGGACAAAACUAUUAAGAGGAAAAACAACUACGUACCUCUAUUUGAUAUCAAAGAGAAAGUUCCAGAUGCAUCAAGAAGAAGGGGAAGGUUGGAGGAGGUAUACCAAGAAGCCAUAAAGCAUUCAACAAAUCACAACCCUAUGUUAGGAAUGUUUUUUUCUUGGGUAAGUCUUAUGCUAGGAAUGUAA